CGGCGCCGGGGCCGCUGCGGGGCGCGGCGCCUCCUCGCCGCCAGCUGCCGCUGCCGCCGCGCCGCUCCACCUCGCCGCCCGCAGCCUCUGCCGGCGGGCCGUCCCGCUCCAUGGCGACCCCCAGCCCCUGCAUCGUGAUUGGCGAUGACGAGCAAGGUUACGACCUCGACUUGUUUUGCAUCCCUAAACAUUAUGCAGACGACUUGGAAAAAGUCUAUAUUCCUCAUGGGCUCAUCAUGGACAGGACGGAGAGACUGGCACGAGAAAUUAUGAAGGGCAUGGGAGGACACCACAUCGUAGCCCUCUGUGUACUCAAGGGUGGCUAUAAAUUUUUUGCUGAUUUACUAGACUACAUCAAAGCACUGAACAGAAACAGUGACAAAUCAAUCCCCAUGACUGUCGACUUCAUUAGACUGAAGAGUUAUUGUAAUGACCAGUCAACAGGGGAUAUAAAAGUCAUUGGUGGAGAUGACCUCUCAACCUUGACUGGAAAGAAUGUUUUGAUCGUAGAAGAUAUAAUUGAUACUGGUAAAACAAUGAAAACAUUGCUGUCCCUCCUUAAGCAAUACAAUCCAAAGAUGGUGAAAGUAGCCAGCUUGCUGGUGAAAAGAACUCCUCGAAGCGUGGGAUACCGGCCAGACUUUGUCGGAUUUGAAGUGCCAGACAAAUUCGUUGUGGGCUACGCCCUAGACUACAAUGAAUACUUCAGAGAUUUGAACCACAUCUGUGUGAUCAGCGAGACAGGCAAGCAGAAGUACAAAGCGUGAGAGCAGCUCUGAAGCGCUACGACAGCAGAGCUUGGAAACGUUUGGGUUUUGUUUGUUUACUGAGUCCUAUCUUUCACAAGCUUCAACUUCUGGUACACCAGCUAAAAAUUGUAGAAGGCCUCCCCCACCCCAGCCCCAUUGUCAUCUGCUUCCUAUAAUUUAUUGCAUGUAUCAUAGAAGAGUUCCUCUUGUUCAUUUCUGUUUGGAAGACGUAAAGCAAGCAGUGCAGCUCUGCACUCCUCCUUUUGAUUUGCACUAUGACUCUUUAACUCUUGCUGCCCCUGGUUGGGUUGUGCUGUUUGUUUGAGCUCCCAGAGUCUAAUACAAACUCUUGCAGUGGUCAAUUGCUUCAACCUCCUCGACCCAGA